AUAUCAAAAAUGUACUCGUAUUAUGAGUGUGAUGACCUUGGACCAGCAAAUUGGUAUAAAAUCAAUUCAAUUUGCAACGGUGCCCGGCAGAGUCCAAUUGAUCUGCCUGCUUCGGCAGUGUUGAGAACAAAGCCGCUUUGUAUUAAAAAUUUUGAAGUGAAACCAGAUUCAAAUAAUAUCAAAAAUGACGGUCAUGGAGCACAAAUUGUGUUCAAUUAUCGUCACAAUGAUAAAUGUUUGCUUUCUGGUGGAUCUUUAAAAUAUAAAUACGAAGUGGCCAAAGCUCAUUGGCACUGGGGUCAAUUCAACUAUGCUGGAAGUGAGCAUAGUCUGAACGGUCAUCAAUAUUCUGCAGAGCUACACAUUGUAGCAUUUGCAUCAAAAUAUGGUUCACUUUCAAACGCAGUUGAUAAAUCGGAUGGCCUUGCCGUGUUGGCAUUCUUUUAUGAGCUCGAUAAUAGAAACGAAGAGCGCUCAGAUUUCAUUAUCAAAAAAGAUCUUGGAUUAAUAGUUAAGUCAAAUACAAAUGACUACAUCAGAAUCCAAAAUAGCUUCAGUCUGAAAGAUCUAAUCAAAUAUCAGAGAUUUCAUUAUUUCAGCUAUCAAGGUUCUUUGACUACACCGCCAUGUUAUGAAUCAGUAACAUGGAUUGUAGCAAAUACACCUUUAAAGAUAAAGACUGAAGAUUUGGAUGAAUUAAGGAAUUUAAAGGAUAAUGAAGGACGUUGCAUCCUGAAGAAUUGCCGACCAAUCCAACAUAGUCAUCAAUCACGGCAAAUAACAGAUUAUCGUCAAUAUUAA